AUGGAUUUUGCCUUACCAGCACUGCUUGCAAUAGAGGACUACGACGAAAAUGAGGGUAAAUUGGCUGCAUCGAUUCGAUGGUUAAUCUCACGGGUUUAUGAAGAAAAAAGGGACGUGCCGGACAAGUUAAGGGAUGGCGUACAACGGGAUGAAAAUGGACACUUUCAAAUUGACGAAGCCGUCCUCGGAGCCCUCUGCAAUGGUUCGUUGUAUGCGCAAGCUGCUGCUAAGAUAUUCAAAGAGUCAGCGCUAGUGACGAAAAGCCAUGGAGCUGUUCUCGCUGUGCUUACGGACUAUGGAAUCGAUGUCCUUCACGAUGGGAAUGAAUUGGUGGAAGAGGCGCAGCUGGUUGCUUCAUCCCCAUUCAAUAUGUCAGCACAUCUCGCUAUAAUCGACGCAUUGAUGAUGGCACAUCUUCGAGAUGUGAUUCCAGUAAGCAGGGUGGUAGAAGCAGUAAGCCGACAUACUGCUGUCGAGAGCAGUGAAAAACCGAUAGACAGUGUGGAUGCAUUGCUAUUUUGGAUCAAUAAAAUAUGCUUAUUGGUCAGAGAUGAUGUUGAACGAGAAGAAUCAGCUAUAAAUAUACCAGAAAUGGAAGAUUUAUAUGAAGAUAUUUCUGAUGGCCAAUGUCUUUGUGCUCUCCUACAUUGGUACAGGCCACAAGAAAUGCCUGUUGCAGAUAUUUCUUUUAACGAAGCAGCUACCACUCGAGAUUGUCAAUAUAACUUGAUGUUGCUACAGCAAUUCUGCCACCAUCACCUCAUCAAUGACCCCUUCCACUUCGAGAUCGAAGACCUUCUCUACCUGCGUGACUCACUACAAAUGAAUGUGAACGCCUUUCUUGCUGACCUAUUCCUUCAAUUUGAACCGCCAGUUACACCUGAACCAGUGGAAACACCUCGUGUUGGACCGUCUCCAAGACGAUUCGUUCCUGCUUCUGCUAUUCCUGAUUUGAGAGCCGCAAAUGCUGCUGCACGAUCCUCAAUGCAUAAUCGGAAUCGACCCCGAAUGUAUAAUCCGCCACCCGCAGCAUCACAUUCUCAAGGACCAUCAAGAUCGGUCAGCAGGAUGAGUCAAGACAGUUUGUUUUAUUCACGACCAGCAUCAAUCGCACUUCAAAGAAGAAGUAUGGACCAAGAUUCUGUCACAGAUUUUCAAACUAUUCGCCAGGGCUUCGAGAACCAAGCGGGAACUGCCCAACUCAAUCGUUAUGACGGCAAUGUAACUGCGUCUGUGAGACUUGCCAUGGAAGAAAAGCGAAGGAAACAUGAUCAACAGAUGGCUCAGAUUAAUUCUGCAAACGAGACUGAGCGAUUAGAAAAGAGCAAAGCUGCAUUUUUUGCACUACGAAAGAAUGAGAACGACCAAACGAAUAAAGGAAAAGAAGAGUGGUACGACCACUUUGAGGCGAAAUUAAGAGCAUUGGAAUUGCGAGUUGGAUUAGAAGAUGGAGAGGACGGAACACAAUCAGCUAGAUUGAAUAGAGCUUCGUCGCAGCCAAGUGUAGUGCAAGGAGCAGGACAACCGUACCCAGCGAACUAUAUGACACUACCGAUGAACGCAGCUGCUCAAAUGACACAGUCCUACAUUCAACAUCCACAAACCCCACAUGACUACUACAUGCAGCAACAAUUACAACAACAGCAACAAGCUCAAGCUCAGAGUAAUUAUGCAAACCCAUCUCAGUUGCGAAACAGUUUGAGUAAUGGUAUGAUUAAUCAUGCUGGGUAUAUGGUACAGUCCAUGUAUCCGGGAGACUAUCAGCAACAACAGUUGCAAAUGCAACAAGGUCAAAUGCCAGUUCAACCAGUUGGUGCAUAUACUCCGGAAGGAUAUUUCAUUCCUCAUCAUAUGCAACCAAUUCCAGUUCAGCAAGGGUAUCCACAGAUGCAACAAUCUGGAAUAGGUUUCAACGGAAUGGCUAACACUCAACCCGGUUUUAAUAUGGAGGGAUCGCCAGCGCAGAUGGGCUAUAUUCAAACUGCCAAUAAGCCGUUAGACAUGGAGAUGUCUCAACAACAACAACAACAGCCAUCACAACCUCUUGCACAAGCACAACAAAUGCAUCCACCAAAUCACAACGCUUUCCAUCUGCAUUCCAAAAGUGACGAUGCAACUCAAAUGCAAGCCGACCCGCCGCUAGAAAUCAACAGAAAUCUAACGAAUUGGGGAAUGACUUAUAAGCAAGAGAUGCCUGCAAGAUCUAUUGCGUCUCGCAGAACAUGGCAGAAUGAGACAUUCAUUAAGAAUGAGUUAGACUUGGUCAAUAGUAAGGACUCGGUGCCACAUAUUACUGAUGAGACUACCAUUCAACCUGAAGAGACGGCAAGAAGGUUCCCUGAGUUGAUGUUAGACAAUCAUUCGGAGAAUCUUGCUCCUGGAGGUCGUGGACACAGCCGUUAUAGUGAUCGGGAUGACUUAUCGACAGGAAGAAAAUCUGAUGAUAGUCCAACCGACACUCCUAGCCGAACAUUUGGAGAUGAAGAAAGUUCUGGAGGGAACAUGGAGCAAAUUGCUGCUGAACGACGAAUCGCCAAAAAAGCUGCGCUCAUAGCCAAAACAAUGAAAAGGAAAGAGGAAAUUGAAGGGAAAGUUGAUUUGGCUGAGCAGAGGAAUGCUGAGAGACGACAAGUUGAAAAUGAGAAAAAGGAGUUGGCUUUGAGGAAGAAAGUUGAGAAGGAACAACAGCGACAAAAAAUCCUGGAAGAAUACAAAAGGAAAAAGUUGGAGAAAGAACUAGGUGCAGAACUUUCGGCAAGAUCUACUGGUCGUGGUCACUCUCAACCACCAUUUAUCAGAACAAAGUCACAAAUGAGUGAAGUAACGGAGUCACGUACAAAUACUCCAAGAAUGAGAGGUCAAUCGUCAGUAGAGCAAAGACUCUCAGUCAGCAGUUUGGCAGAACCAACUCACAAGUUAUUUGCUAAAACGGUCACGAAAUCGAAUCGAGGACUCAUUAAUAACGCUCUUCAGUUUAGUGUAUUUCCUGGAGCAGUUAAUAACGCAACACGGCAAGCGACAAUCACUCAAAUGGCAUCAUCCAGCUCCAAACACUUCCUUCUCCUGUUCAGAGAUCAAAAGUGCCAAUAUCGAGGGUUGUAUACAUGGGACGAGGUCUCUGACACCGCUGUCAAAAUAUCGGGACAAGGACCGCCAAAGUGUACCGAAGCGAUGAUGAAUAUGAUGUUCAAAUAUGAUUCGGGAGCCAAGAAUUUCUCACAAAUCGCCACGAAACAUCUAUCGGCUACAAUUGAUGGAUUUGCAAUUCUUGAUCAGUACUGGCAAAAGCCUCGGAUUCCCCACUCGGGAACGCCUGCCCAUAAAACUAAUUAA